GUGACGUCAUCCCGUGUAACUUCCUGUAAUGUCGGGUCCGUUCCUCAAAUCGUCCGCUGUUGUGGUUCAGAAGGCCAAGUACCGACGUGUCGGUCAUUUCAAAAACCUUAAAGAUUUAAGACGUGAUGGCUGCAACACUGCGUGUACUUUACUCUGCAUCAAGGCCAGGUUUUUUUGUGGCCAGCCAGAAUCUAGCAAGGUCCUUCAGUGUGUCGGCACAAAGGGACGGAUUCAAGUAUGUGAAUGCUCAGGAGAUCCCUGUCGACAUGAAGUCCAUCACAGACAGAGCAGCACAAACACUGCUAUGGACAGAGCUCUUCAGAGGUCUAGGCAUGACAAUGAGCUACCUGUUCAGAGAGCCUGCCACCAUUAACUACCCGUUUGAAAAAGGACCACUGUCGCCACGCUUCAGAGGAGAACAUGCGUUGCGCAGGUAUCCCUCAGGAGAAGAGCGUUGCAUUGCUUGCAAGCUGUGUGAAGCAAUCUGUCCUGCCCAGGCCAUCACCAUAGAGGCAGAGACGCGUGCUGAUGGCAGCAGGAGGACAACUCGCUACGACAUUGACAUGACCAAAUGUAUCUACUGCGGUUUCUGUCAGGAGGCAUGUCCUGUGGAUGCCAUUGUAGAGGUGUGUCUUUUUCCACAACAUAGACAGUCUUGGAUAGUGUGGGUAGCCCCACUGCAUGUUUGAUUGAUUGAUUAAUUGAAUGAUUGAAUCUUUAUUUU